UUGAGUUUGAAACUUUCAGGGUAAUCUUUGAUAAAACGGGGUGACGUGAGGGGUUUUUUUCCGAAAGUGCAGUACACCACAAAGAAAAGCUUUUCACUGCUUUCUUCUCACCCACACUUGCACCAGCUUUCUCUCUCUCUCUCUCUCAUAAACAUGUCCACCACAACCAACAACAUCGACGUCUCCGGUGCUUACUUCUCGACCUGGCCUUCUCCCGUGCCCCGCCCAGGAAAAUUACCUAGGAGGAACGUCAGCGCGAGGCCUGGCGCCAGUACAAAGCCAUGGCGAAGGAGCUCGCAGAAGGAGCUCAGGAAGCCCAGGCCAAGAGGGCAUACUUUGAUCGGGUCAAGGCCCAGAAAGCAUACACUUGGACUGGCGCCCACCAACCCCGCCCGAAGCCUGGUCAAGCCUUCCACCACUGCCGCAAGCACCAGAAGGGGUGGAACAAGUCGCGCCCCAUCGACUGCCGGUUCGCCACUCUGGACGAGAGUACGGGCGCCAUCCGUUUUGACAGCAAUGCAGCGAUGGCAGAGCGCGAGCGCGUCCACAACACGUAUAUGCAGCUUAGUGCUGCAUAUGCCUGGGACAAGGACGGCGUUUCCUGGCCGGACAUCUACAAGAAUGAGUUCCCUUUUGCUCAAUAUGAGUAA